AAGCAAGAUUUAUUCAUGACACAUGUUAUUGAGAUUUCAAAUUACAGUUUAUAUCUUGCCUGGUACACUGAAGAUUUGUAGUCAAAAUGGGUUAUUUGUGUUUGAAAUUGUUUGCUGUGCUACUAUUCUGUUCUAAUAUCACUGCAUAUGAACGUUUGCUAACACCGUGCAAACAGACAGAUUCCGUUUGUCUAAGAACCUCGUGUACGGAGCUUUUAAAUAGGACUUGCAAGGGUGUAGGUGAACCUUACAAUAUAGCGCCAUUCGACCCGCUGGAGCUUCCUCCAAUGGAAUUUACUGGAAUUGGUGAACCAGUAACAAAGAUAAAUAUGAGGAAGAUAAAAGUAGAAGGUUUGAAGGAUAUGAUGCUUGGAGAAUUGAUACUGGAUCCUGUGGACAAAACAAUAAGAUUUAACGCGACCGCUGUCUACUUAUUUUCAGCUGGUAUCAAAAUCGACUUCGUUGGUAAAGAAAAGAACUAUACUGGAUUUGCGAUGACAACAUUAAAAACGUCAGUUCACGUGCAAUAUCCCUUCAGUUUGGAUAGAGAUGAAAACGGAGGACUUCACUUGGUAAUCCACCCUGAGACGUCGACUUGUGAACCAAUGGAGACUCCGGUCUUCACAUAUUGUCCUAAUUUGACGGAGAAACUGAACAAUGAUCCAGAUGUCAAGGAAAUGCGUGAGAAGUACAAGACUGAAAUUAUGGAAGUUAAUAGGAAGUUUGCUUGUACAAUUUCUGAUUUGGCAUUUCCUGCAUUAAUCGACGUAUUCAGGAAGGCUUCCAAAAUCAUGACCAUGCAAGAUUAUUUCUUGGAUUUCAAGGAGGAAUAAAAGAAAUCAAUUAUCUUUACGUCUUGUAUUAGUCUGGAGUACAGACAACAUACAAAUAUAGCAAGAAAACAUAGAGGUACUUAAAGAUACUGAAUAGAAAUAUUACAAUUUAAUUGGCGCCCUUAUUGCAUGACAGUUUCUUCUAGGCGACCUGUGAUAGAUCACAUCAACCAUGCCUUAUUUACAUAAUACAUAACGUAUCGCUUGUAGCGGUAAAUUAAAAAAUAUAUAAAUGUUGGUUUUAAAAGCAAA